CUACCCGGUCCUCAGGCUCCCUCGUCCUCUUGUCCUAGACACCUCUCGCACCCCACUCCUUCGCCUUUCCGUUCACUCUCCUCUGUCAUUCACCAUGUUCUUCACUAAGGUUGUCGUUGCUCUCGCCCUCGCCGUGUCCGCCCUGGCAAUGGCCGUUCCUCGUGCUACCAACGCCACCUGCGGCUCCAGCCCUGAGACGUCGACUACUUCCACCACCGUGACGUCCGAUGCCUCCAGCUCAGACCUCUCCUGGUUGUCUGGUACUCAGACUGGUGACGCUACUUACUACAGCACCGGCCUGGGUGCCUGUGGUAUUGACAACGUCGACACCGACUACAUUGUGGCAGUGUCCGAGCAUCUCUUCGACAACUACCCUGGCUACGCCGGUACCAACCCUAACAACAACCCCGUCUGCAAGAAGCAGAUCACGGCCAACUACAACGGCAACUCGGUCACUGUCACUGUCACCGACCGCUGCGUCGCCUGCGCCGUCACGGACCUCGACUUCAGCCCGUCCGCGUUCCAGCAGCUCGCAUCGGAGUCCGUGGGCCGUCUCUACGGCAUGACCUGGACGUGGUCGUAGACACGUCCUCACGUCCUCACGCAACGACCGCGCCCCGGUGGUGCAUGCGUCAACGCCCCAUAGAUCUCCAUCUCAGCAAUCUCGGUCUCCGCGC